GUACGGCCAUCAGUGGCAGAAGAAAGAAGGCAAAAAAGAGUAUAGAAGUGCGAGAGCGAGUGUCCAUUAUUCUUUUCGACAAAUCUCCUUCAGUUUUUGUUUUCCAUUAUUUUGUCGCGAAAUAAUCAAACUGAAUUCGGUCCGGCAUGAGUGGAACUGUGUAGAUUCGGUGCGGAAUACGUGCGAGAAUGGUGUGAACUGACGAUACCGGCAUUUUUCCGAUUCGCUAUCGGUGCAAAACGCAGUCAAUAAGCCGUCGAGCGCAGCCCUACGCGAAAAGACGGACGACGGACGGACAGACUUACGACUUACGGGCGACGACGGAUCCUACACACUUGCGACAAGAGGGAGAGCAAUGUGGAAGAACCAAGCCCACUUGUGCUUUCUAGUUGUUUGUAUUUACACUUUGGGCCUUCAGUUUAUCGAGACCGACGCUGCCGGUAGUCUAGUUGAACCGCGGUAUUUUCUCGCUGGCAAAAAUGGCACCUUAUCCUGCAGGUUUACUGGAGCGGAGAACCCAAUGUGGCAGAAGGAUGGGAAGAACUUUUCCGACAGCAGUGCAAAAAUCUCCAUCCUAAUCGUCGACACGGAAGCCGAUGUGGAGAAAAUCACCGGUGGUUCUGACGGUAAAUCUCCAGAAGAUGAAACCACAGAACCGGCAGCAGACGUGAACACGGCCAUCACCACCCUAACCAUACACAACUUUUCAAAAGCCGACGCCGGUAACUAUACAUGCCGCGGUGCAGACAACAGCGUACUCUCCCAAUACUCUGUCCGGGAGGUGAUUCUACCAAAGAUUACCGCUUCCAGUCCGGAGUCGACUAAAAUCAAGCAGCAAACCAAGGCCCAGCUGUACUGUGUGAUACAAAUGUACCCACUGGAGUAUUUCAACAAUUCAAUUCAAUGGUUCAAGGAAGACGAUACCACCGAAAACAGCUUUCUCAAGAACACAGAAGUGCGUGUACUGAAUGGAACCCACGUCAACGUGACACUAACUAUCAAAGAUGUCAGCAAAACGCAUAAUGGAACAUACUCUUGCAACGUUGGGCCAUCUGCCAUGCUGGACGAAAACUCAGCUAUCGAUAAGAAAUCGAUGGCUUUGCUUGUUCUCGAUAAACCACAAGUAUCGAUCGACUAUGUUAAGGCGGUGGGUGCCAAUAAGAUUUUUCUGAACUGGACUGUCAAUGAUGGAAACGAUCCCAUCAAACAUUACAUGGCGCAGUUCAUGAAGAAAGGAGAUUCUACAUUUACAUAUUACGAAAAUCGCAUAGAUGGUGUUAACACUUCAGUUGUGUUGCAGAAAUUUGCUCCUUCCACUGAUUAUGAGAUAAAGCUGACUGCUCAAAAUGGUCAAGGCAGUGGCCCUCCAUCGCCAUCUGUCAAAGUUCGAACUCUGGACAGCGAUCCGAGUUUCACACCGGCGGUAGAAGUCAAGGGCAAUACUCAUUCGACUAUCACAAUAGGAUGGGCACCUCCACCUGCCGAUCUUCUAGAGUACAUCCAGUACUACGAAAUGGAGGUUUCCGUUGCAGGCAAAAAUUCUUCCAAAUGGGAAACAUACUAUCCGCAGAACAGUCGUAAUCUUCCGUACAUGUUCGACAACCUAGACACCGCCACAGAAUACAGUUUCCAAGUACGGGCCUGUAGUGAUUUUGAUAGAGCUUGCGGAAACUGGUCAGAACAAGUAAAUGGAACUACUAGCGACAGUCUCGCGUCAGAGCCCGUAAACCUAAACAUUUCCUGCAUACACUACAAUAUCUCACGCCGCUCCUCCGUGCGGAUCCAUUGGGAUCCGCCAAAGAAACCUAAUGGAAAGGUUAUAUCAUAUCAGGUCAUUUUGGACGGAUUGUCCCAGUACCGUAGUGAACACGGUAUUUUGAAAAAUGAAACUUACGGCCCUAAGAUCAAGAAUGUACAAGCACAGUACACGAAAACUGAAUAUGACGGUAUACUGCCCAACACGAAUUACACCGUUCGAGUCGCGGCAGUCACUCGGACGAAACGUCCGGGAGAUAUGGCUACCGCGACUUGCACCAUGCCGGCGACUACCCCGGAAAACAUUGGUCGCAUGAUGUGGGGAAAGCUUCGCACCGAAGACAACCAAUGGAUCUUCAAGCUGUUCCUGCCACGGGUUUCCGAACGGAAUGGACCAAUUUGCUGCUACAAGGUCUACCUUACGCGGCUGGGCCAACGGAACAACUCGCUUCCCGUGCCGGAGAAUAUCCCGGUGACGAGCUACGCUGACGUCCAUUCGAUCAACAACACCCACGGCGGUACCUAUCUGGCGGAAGUGUUCACCACGCUGAACUACAGCUCCGAGGUGUUCCUGGGCGAUGGAAGAAACAACGAGUACCAUAACCCGGACCUGUGCCCGCAGUGCCUGCACAAACGAGCGCCUCCGGUGGAGAAACCCAGUGCCAUUAACAAAGAUGACGAGGCGCAGAAUGCCUCGCUAGCCACGACAGCAAGCCCUCCGACACGCACCGGUAACGAAGCCGUUCCGGUUGAGGAUCAGCUGAAAGUAUCUAGUCACGACAAGCGAGAAACUAACGGACACAACAACGAUCACCCAGGACCUCCCCAGCUGGAAACGGCCUUCGAUGGCGUUCUGGAUCCGUCCAGCAACUAUACCGGCUUCGUCGAGGUCGUAGUGAAAACCGAGACCGAUCACGGCCCUCGGUACGUGUCGGCCUUCAGCGAAUAUUUCCAGGAGAUGAACGCCGGAGCACCGUUGGCGAGUGAAGACGACGGGAAAGAUCUCACCUUCAUCCUCAACAUAGUUAUACAGAUUUUAUGCGGACUGAUAUUGAUAGUUUUAAUCGUCUUAUUGACUCUCUGCCUCUUACACAAGCAUUUCAGCAAAAAUAUCGCCCAGGAAGGCGAAGCCAUCAGUCUGGGAGACUCGCUCAGGCGCGCUCUUUGUCAUGGACGGAAUGGCAAUCCCCAUCAUCGACAUUUACUUGGAACGAACAGUGCCAAGCCACCGGUGCUUCCUCCGAUAUCUAAGGAAGACCUCGUCAAAGCAUACCACGACAAGCACAAGGACUCGGACUACGGAUUCCAGCACGAGUUUGAAUUACUCCCGGAUAAGUUUGUCGAUAGGACAACGAAGUACUCCGACUUGAAGGAGAACAUGCACAAAAAUCGAUACCCGGAUAUCAAGGCGUAUGAUCAGACACGGGUCAAGCUGUCCACGAUGAACGGAAUGUCCGGCUCGGAUUACAUCAACGCAAACUUCGUCAUUGGCUAUAAGGAACGCAAGAAGUUCAUCUGUGCUCAGGGUCCAAUGGACAGCACGAUCAUCGACUUCUGGCGAAUGAUUUGGGAGCAACAUUUGGAGAUCAUUGUCAUGCUGACCAACUUGGAGGAGUACAAUAAAACCAAAUGCGCCAAGUACUGGCCGGAGAACAUCAACGAUUCUACUCAGUAUGGAGAUAUACUGAUAACAUUCGCUUCGGACAGUUACUAUGCGGAUUAUAUCAUUAGAAAUCUGAAGGUCACCAAACGUAGCGUCAAUUCAUCCGGCGAAGAAGUCGAAGACACCCGUUUCAUCUCGCAGUACCAUUAUCUCACCUGGAAGGAUUUCAUGGCCCCGGAGCACCCGCAGGGCAUCACCAAGUUCAUCAAACGCAUCAACUCCGAAUACUCAUUGCAGCGCGGUCCCAUCCUUGUACACUGUAGUGCCGGCGUCGGCAGAACUGGAACUUUUGUAGCACUAGAUUCACUCAGUCAGCAGUUAAACGAGGAGGGCCAGGUGUCCAUCUUCAACACCAUUUGUGAUAUGCGAUAUCAAAGAAAUUUCCUCGUACAGUCAUUGAAACAAUACAUAUUUUUAUAUCGAGCUCUCACCGAACUGGCGUAUUUUGGAGACACAGAAAUCGACCAAAAGUCGUUAGCCGCAACCGUAGAAAGCCUCAAACAGCCAUUCGCUGAGAAUCCGGAAAUAUGCAAACUGGAAGCUCAAUUCCAGCGAAUAAAAACGUUCCAGGAAGACACCCGGAAAACGACAGCCAUCGGAGGUUGCGAAGACAACAAGACCAAGAAUCGCUCCGAGUCGUGUGUGCCGUAUGACAAGAAUAGGGUGAUUCUGGCGCCGAUUCCCGGUCAUGACAACUGCACCUACAUCAAUGCGUCGUUCAUCGAUGGGUAUGACGACGAGAACAACUUCAUCAUCACGCAGGACCCAAUGGAGAACACCAUAUUCGACUUUUGGCGGAUGAUCUUCGAGCAGCGGAUAAAGACGAUCGUCAUGUUUUCUGAGAUCGGAGAUGGUCCGAACAAGUGCCCACGGUAUUGGGCCGACGAGGAGAUGCAGUACGAGAAUCUGCUCGUCACGUACAUCCAAAGCGAAAGUGGACCGUACUACACCAAGCGGGAGUUCACGGUGACCAACUGCAAGACGAAGGACACCAUCCAGGUGACGCAGUUCCAGUACAACGGUUGGCCCACGGUGGAAGGUGAGGUGCCCGAGGUGACCCGCGGUAUGAUCGAGAUUGUCAAUCAAGCGCAGAAGCACAGCACCCAGCAGGAGGACAUUUUCACCAUUGCCGUUCAUUGCAGCUUGGGAUCGGACAAGAGCUCCCUCUUUGUUGCCAUGUGCAUACUUGUGAUGCAACUGAAAACCGAAAAACGAAUCGACGUCUGUUCGAUAGUCAGAAAGCUUCGAGCACAACGUAGUCUAAUGAUAGAAACAUAUGCACAAUACGAAUUUCUGCAUAGAGCUAUUGUAAAUUUUGCCGAUUUAUACAAAAUCUCGCUAGGCAUAGCUUCCGACUGUUGAUAAGCUGAAUUAUAUAGUGAUAGCAAAUUGCUGAGGUAACGCAAAAUCCACGCUGAACAAUACGUAUGUGUGUAUGCAUGAUGAGUUCUGGUUCGAUUUGAGUCAGAAGAAGAAAUCACACACACACACACAAAACCCUAACAUUAAGCUUAUUUGCCACUCAUCACUUUGGAGCCGAGAGCCACACAUCACUGGAUAGCACACUCUCAGAUCGUUUUGCUUAUCCUGGGCGGAUGUGCACGACGAUAAAUUCCUGGCGAAAGGGCAUAGCAAGCUAUUGUGCUAGUACUGCUUCAAUUAUGCUAUAAACAUGUAUGUAAUUUUAGCCACUUUUUUUUAACUAGUAUACAGAAGCAUGAUUUACGUUAACAUUGUAUUCAAUCAAACUACACGUAAAGCAAAUGACGAAUCAAAGGUCAGAGCAAGACAAUGAGAUUAGAGCGAUGACGUAUUUCUAGUGGAGAUUGUUUAUAAUGCUUAAUUUUUAUACAGUUUAGCAUGGAAAUGUGUUCCGCCAGGCGGGAGUGGAACGAAAUCAAAGUAUCUUCCUUCUUUUAAAGCCAUCCUUAGUUACUAAUCUCGAAAAGUCAUUUCCUAUUUAUAUAGAGGACACACUACAUUAUAAAUAGUCAUCAAAUAACUAAUAAAACUCAGACACACUAGGAAGGAAAAGCAGGUACCUUUUAUACUAUCCCUGAGCGGAGGACAGAUGCAGGAAAGAAAUAGUUAGAAAUCCCCGAACAGAACAACCCUGUAGAAAAGAGGAAGACGAUGCGCAAAUAGGAAAACAAAAGACAGAAUAAAAUGAGUAAAACUGUUGGAAAAUAAAAGAGUGUGUGAUCAAAACGGAGGGAGCUUGUAGAAAAAGGGUAGCAACAAUACAAAAACCAAGUGAAAGGCAGAGCAACAGGAGCGAAAAGAAUAAGUUAUUUUUCAUGUUGAAAAAGAGAGCAAACAACAAAUUUAAUCACGGGACGGUGAACAAUGACACUAAAAUAAAGCAGAAAGUUGCAAAAUAUACCUCUAUCUGUGUGUAAAAGUCAAUAACUAUUAAGGUAUCUGUACCAGUAUGAUAUUUCUAUGAGUAAAAAUAAAGAAACAAAAAAACAACAGAGAAAACCACACGAAGGGACAGCAUAAUAACGUACGCGAAAGAAUAGGAACAAAACGUGGGUGAAACGGAAAAGGCGUGCGCUGAUGCUGAACCUACAAUCUACUACAUUAUAAUGUUUGUAUUUAUCGAAAAUUAUCAACAACCACAGAAACAGCAAGGACACGAACAGUAAAGAUGGAACUUGUGUACGAAA